GUGACGCGGCGUCAACCGCCCACCUCGCGGCUUAGCGCCGGGCCGGUCGUUGCCGCCGCCUCAGGGCGCAGAGGCCCGGCCUUUCCGCCCAAAUGUCAGUUUGUAAAAUAGCAAGGCUGGAGUCUGAAGGGUUUGCAGGCUUCCGCCUUGAAGGAAGUCUGGGAGGCUCGGCAUUUCCAACUCUUUCACCUCAGAGCCCGCUUGGCCAAGGCAAAACCGCCCAGUAACCUGGCUUCCAGCGGCCUGAGCAGGGAGGAAUACAAUUUUUUCACCUAUAAUUUGGAAGUGAAGUAAAAUAACAAAAUGAAGUCCGCAAAACAUCUGUCAGCCUCUAGUAAUAAAUUGGCAAAUGUUCCAGAUUUAACUUACAAAAAAGGAAUAUUUACUUCACCGUUGUCACCUAAACCAAAGGAAAAACAUAGUGCAAAAUUAGUACAUGAUAAACUUGAACCAAUGGUCUUAGGAUCUCCACCAGCAGGGGAAUCCAUCGUAAGAUAUGCUUUGCCCAUUGCAUCGAGUAAGACAAAGGAGUUAAUAGCAGAAGAUGAAUUGAUCAGGAAAAUUACCAAACAUCUAAAGAUGGUUGUUUCUACUUUGGAGGAAGCCUAUGGAUUUAGCAUUGUAGAUGGAGAAAAAUCAGUUGUGAAGCCUGAACAUGAAGAAUUAACUUUAUCUGUUGGGGAUGAUCUGAAUUCAUUCUUGAUAUGUUGUUCACAAUUUGCAGCUCAGUUAGAAGAAGCAGCUAAGGAAGAACGUCAUAUUUUGGAAUCUCUUUUUAAGUGGUUUCAGCUACAGGUCAAUCAGAUGGAGGAGAUAAGUAAAGAUCAAAAUUUUUUAGAAACAGAAUUUCCAGCACCUGAAAAAACAGUCACUUUAAGCCUUGCACAAGUAGUAAAGCAGGUGCAAAAACUAGAAGAACUGAAAAAUCGUCUUAAACAAGAGUCUUUAUACUCCUUGAAAGCCUUGUUGUCGAAACCCAAGCAUAGUGAAAAUUUACCAGGAGCAUUACAAAGUUAUGAAACCAUACAGCAGAUAAUUGAAGAAUUCAUAAAAACCCACCCAACUAAAGAAUUUAUAGAUGUUUCUGCAACUGAUCCACAAACUGCUUGUUCACUGACUAACCGAUUGAAUGUCAUGUUGAAAAUGUUUGAAAAACAGUCACAUAUGUUGGAGAGAGCUAUGAAUGAUCAAGGUUUGUUAGAGGAUAAAUACAAAGAAAUGCAAAGUAAUUUCCAAGUGUUAUUAGAGGAGAAAUUGGUGCUGGAAAAUGAACUACAAAAGUUGAAGACUACAGAGAAAGCAAAGUCUACAUAUGAUCGAACAAAGAAAACUAUAAAAAUGGAGAAGAAAAAAGACAAAAGAAAAUCUGAGGAUACAGAAGAGAAGAAGUUUCUAGUAAAAGAGCUUAAAGUAAAAGAAGAUUUGCUUCAAGUUCAGAAAGUAGCAUUUGCUCUGGAAGUUGAGAACAAAGUCCUUCAGGAACAAUUGAAACAGGCUUUACAGGAAGCUGAAAGCGCUAAGCAUCAACUUGACUAUUUCCUAAAUCAAGAGAAAGAAUUACUUAAUCGUGAAGAGAAGACCAAGACAACAAUGGAAAUGGGUAUUAGCAAAAUAAAAGUUGAAGAUUCAAAACAUAUACCAUUGGAAAAAGAGACAAGGGAAGCAUUAGUUACAGCUUCAGGUAGACAAAAGACAAAUGCAAAAAUCCAAGAACAUUCACAGGAGGGACUUAGAAAUGUAGACUAUGUAUUUAAAUUUAGUAUUCUUUAUUACAGAUCUCAAUUUUCACAAAUGGAAGCCCAGCUGACAAAAGAUCCUAAUAGAAUUUCUGAAAUUCUUUGGAAAAGUGUCCCAAACCUUCAGAGAGUGGAUGCGAGUGAAGCAAGGAGAUCCCACCUGAACAGACAUAUGGUCGGACACAGUGAGCCACUCUUACCAGUUCUUGGAAUUGUAGGAACCCUCACCAAAUCCAAGUUCCUAAACGCUGGCCAAGACUCAACCUUGAAAUCAGAUCUUUCACAGAUCCUAAAUUCUCAAGAUGGGUCAGACUUUGUAAGGAGUUCAAAUGAAGUUUCAGCUGAUAAAGACCUAUCCCAUAUACCUCCAUUAAAGACCCAUGAUAAAUCAUUAACAAUUACUAUCAAAGAGAUAGAAGAUUUACUGUCUGUCACUCAGUUUGAAGUACCAGAUGGAAAUCUUGUGCUUGAUGAAAACCAAGAUUCAAUAUCAAAAACACAAAUGCAAGUAAAGAAACAGAGAACAUCCAAAGGGGAAAGAAACAUUAAACAGCAUUGGAGAGUCAGAAUAUCAGUGCUGGCAGGGGUAGGUUGUGAGAAGAUCAUCUUACAACCAAAGAAGUUUCAAACAAAAGGCUCUUCCUGUUGUAUAGACUUGGAGGCUGAAGUGAAACUUAGCAGGCACGGGAGACUGUUGGAGCAGGCUAAUGAUGAUGUACCAGAUAAAAACCUUAUGCUUAAGCAUCAAGACUCAAAGUCAGAAACAGAAAUGCAAGUAAAGAAACAAAAAACUUCCCAAGCUGAAGCAUUCAUUACUCAUGACAACAUAACAGAUGAAAACCCUGUGCUUGAGCCUCAAGAGUCAAUGUCAAAAACCCAACUUCAAGUAAACAAAAAAUUGCUAAAGAGGAAAGAGUCACUAGUAAUUCAGGAUGAAGUACCAGAUGAAAAUAAUUUACUUGAGCAUCAAGACUCAAUGUCAGAAUCAGAAAUUGAAGUGGAGAAACAAAGAAGCCACAAAGGAGAAAGACCUAGUACUCAUGAUGAUGUACCAGACAAAAGUCUUAUGCUUAAGCAUCAAGAUUCAGUGUCAAAACUUCAAAUGCAAACAACAAGCCAAAUUGAAACUCUUAAUGAAGUGCUAGAUGAAAAUCUUAAGCUUAAACAUCAAGACUCAGAGUCAAAAACCCAAGUACAAUUUAAAAAACAAAAAAAAUCCACGGAGGAAAGAAUCAGUACUCAUUUUGGAGUACCAGAUGAAAAUUUAAUGCUUGUGAAUGAAGAUUCAGUGUCACAACCCCAAAUGCAAGUAGAGAAACAAAUAACUUACAGAAAGAAAAGGCGCCAUACUUAUUUUGGCAUACCUGAUGAAAAUCUUAUGUUUGUGAGUCAAGAUUCAGCAUCAAAAUCCCAAGUGCAAGUAAAGAAAAAAAUAACUUCCAGAAAGGAAAGACGUAAAACUGAGAAAAUGGAUGAAAAAGCAGGUAAAAAUCUUUCACCUGAAGAUAAUGAAGUUUUAAUCUCAAAAGGCUCAUCUCAAAUUAAGACACUUGGAGCUACCAGAAAAGUGGGACUUACUAAACAUGAAAGGAAAUAUCCCUCGAUAAUUGAUCAGGAUAUGUAUGAACCCUCAGAUUUUACCCUUGAAGAUCUAGAACUUACUAUAGGAUACAAGGAUCAAAGAGAAAGAACUGGAGUUUACCAAUCUCAAAGAUUGAAUGUCAAAAAUGAAGUAGCCUCAGAACUUCCAGAUAUGGCAGAUAUUCCAGCAAUUAAUCCAUCAAUUAGUGAUCUAAUACUUCAAUUAGAUUUAAACAAAGUAAUAGAAACUGAUAUAGAACACUUGAAGGAUGCCAUUGAAAGAAGUAUAUUGGUGAAGGAAAAGAAGAUACAAUCAAAGAGUCUCCCUGACACUGAUAGAGAAGGCCUCCUAGGUGCUAUUGGAAGAGGUAUAAUAAAGAGAGAAAUCAAGACAGAGUCAAAGAGUAAUCCUGGUGUGAAUUUAUUCAAAAACAGAUAUAUGUCCACACAACAUCAAGAAGAUUUUUUUAACAGUCACAUUGCACCACGUAAAUUCUCUACAAACAGGAUCAGUUUUUCAACCUUUGACACUCAAGAAAGAUCUGAGUACAUUUCACCCCAUGUGAAUAAACCUCCAAAAGCAUAUCACAGAACAUCUAGGGCUGGGUCAACCAUUUAUAAAACCAUCCAGUUUCCUUCACUAAAUAAAGAACCUUCAGGGCAUCCAAAAAAUUCUAUCUCAAACAAAAAAAAAAUGUUGAACUUACAAAUACUCUGCUCGCUGUGAUGUCUACAACUAAAAAACCUAUCUAUGAAGGUAAAAAAACAAAACAAAACACUGCUUUACAAAGACAAAUGAAAUAAAACUUUGUAUUAUG